AUGGCUGAAUCAGGCGGGCGCAAGAAGCGCGGCAGACCGCCCCUAACGAAGAAUUAUGCGAACCCUAUGGACAGUCCGAUGGCGCAAACAUCCCUUAAGAUGCAGAAGUUGGCUUCGCCCGCAUUUUCAAAGCCUUUAAUGAAAGUCGCUACGUCAGAAAAAACCACGCAAUCAACUAAGAAGCAGUGCGUGCCCGACGCGGAUUCUCUCCAGACGGGCAAGCACCGCGGCGUGCUGCUUUCAACACCCGUAAAGAGAAGCCAGGCCAAUCGUCCUGAGUCCUCUCCUCUCACCCCUGCUGACAACUUAUUCUCGUCGGGUUCUAAAGCUUACGCAUUUGGCAGCUCACCCAUUAGGCCCGACUGCGCGCUAGAGACACCAACAAAAAUGCCUCCACAACAACUGUCGCAAUUCAAAUUUUCGCUGUGCAUUGGUGGUGACGGUAAAGCUAAAAUUGCUGACUCGACGACAAACGCUAAAUCAAGCGGGCCUUUCCCAGUUCAAAAAUCAACUGCUAGCAAGUUUGACAAAAAGGCUGUUCUGGGUCUGUUGGAAAAGAUGAAGAGCUCUCAAAGCGAGUCAGAUCACAAGGAAGCCUCAGCAGUGCCAUCACCGAAACGGUCCAUGGUUCGCCCCAGCGAGGUCUUCUCCGAACCUCUGCCAUCAUCUCCGAAAAACACCUUACCGGAGCAGCCUGCAAUGCCAUGGACACCCAAUUGUUCAGCUGUUUUUCAAUUAAAGACAGGCUUCACGCCAGAGACUACCGAAAAUGAGGUCCUUGGUGCCCCUGCUAAAGUUUCAGACCCUCUGCCUGCAAAGUUUUCUCAAGAUAGAUAUAGGUCGAGGUCGAGCAGCUCUGUUUUCAAACUAUCUUCUGGCGAUCCCCUUUUAAUGACUGACGACCCCAAUACUGAACUAUUUGUUUCGCACCAAAAUGGUAGUGUCUCGACCGAUCUCUUUUUCCAACAGCUGCUGGCUUCCCCAAGAAGACCCCUGCCCUACUUGAACACAUCUCCGUCGCUGACGGACCUAGGCUCCCCUAAGCACCUGUUUCGACAUGAGCUGCAGAGCUACCCCCUGGCAGUUCAGCGCGUGCCUGGGCAUAAGUCAACUCAACAAAAAAUGAAUCAUCCUUCUACACCACUGGCCGAAGAGGGAAACGAUUACUCAGUGUCUAUUCAGUGCACUCCUCUCAUACAGCAAACGAUGAGUGGUUCCUUGAACAAGUCCUUUGGUCAUUGUUUUGGUCAAAACUCUAUGUCAGUUGCACAGCAACCGAAGCACCUGGCACAAGAUGAUGCCCGGUUGGCACUUCGAAAGCUUAUUGGCGGGUCCAAAUAG